AUGUACCUUCCGCGAAACCUGAUAGCCCACCUAUACCAGAACCUCAUAAAACGCACACAUGCCGCUGCGCCGCCAGUUUUACUCCUUGUCGCCCUUGAACCAGACGCGCUUUGUGCCUGUCGAAUACUCACAGCGUUAUUGAAGCGCGACUACAUACCCCACAAGAUACAACCAAUAGCCGGAUAUGGCGACCUAUCACGAGCGGCAGAAGAGCUGGUACAGCCCAUGCGGACAACAGACGGCGGGAGCGGAGGCGUAGUCAUAUGUUUAGGUGUGGGAGGCAUGGUGGACAUGGAAGAGAUACUGGGCCUGGACGUUGAUGAGAAUGGAGAGGGCGGUACUGGCGAUGUCGAGGUCUGGCUUCUGGACGCGAGGCGGCCGUGGAACCUAACCAACGUCUUUGCCGCACCCAUAAGUCAGGACCCCGCAACGGGGGAGUUCGUGCGGAGACAGGCGGGGGUGGACAAGGGCAAGAUCCUCCACUCAUACCAGUCGUCAAGAGGUGGAAUUAUAGUCUUUGACGACGGCGAUAUUGAGGAAGAGCUACAGGCAGAGCGUGAAGCAUAUGCUGGGCUUGAAGAGAUGCCAGAGGUUGGAGAGGAGGAUGACAUCAGUGACGACUCGGACGACCAGGAUGAGGAGGAGCCCCCGUCUGGGCAAGCACCGAAGAAGAGGAAGUCAUGGGGUGAAGAGGACGACUCUGAGGACGAGAUGACAGACGAUGAGCGACCAGCACAAAGGCGGAGGAGUAAUUCAGGAGGCUCAAUACCAUCGUCACCCGAACCGAGACGGCGAAGAGGUCUACUAGCAGCGAAUCAAUUAGGCGGCUCCUCCGACUUCUCUCGCUCAGAUUCUCGCAGCCCCUCCGCAUCCCCAUCAGUGGCCGCGCCGAAAGAGAAGUCAUUGAAGAGCCUACGAAGGCAGCUGAUCAAGAAGCGGAACAAGUACGCCUCCACCCUCGACAAAUACUACGGACUCGGCACCUCCUACUCAGACCCCGUCUCUUCCCUCGUAUACAACCUAGCAUCAGAACUCGGCCGCGAAGACAACGACCUGCUAUGGAAUGCAAUCGUGGGCGUUAGCAGUCUGGAACUAUACGGACGGACAGGAAGCGGCGUUGGCCUGAACCCUCUCUCAGCACAAGGCGGUUCAGCGGGAUGGAACGGCAACCGAGGGGAGAAUAUUCGCUCUGUUCUACGAGACGAAGUACGACGACUGAACCCUGUCACAGACGCCUCAAGCGUGUCCCGGAAUGCAACGCUGGGUGAAGUAUGGGGUGUCAUCCCCACAAGCGCUCUCUCCGCAACAGACAAGUCCAUCCGCCUCUCCCCUGAACCACGAUUCCUUCUCCUUCGGCAUUGGUCUCUUUACGAAAGCAUGCUCCACUCGCCCUAUCUCUCCGCCAAACUACACAUCUGGAGUGAUGCAGGACAGAAGCGACUUGCCAAACUCCUCGCCAAGAUGGGUGUCUCACUCACUGAAUGCAAGCAAAGAUAUACACACAUGGACAUGGAGCUCAAGCGGGGUCUCCGAGAACGGCUUCUGAAGUUCGCUCCACAAUACGGUCUCGACGGUCUUGUACCGCCAAAGUCGAGUACAGGCGAUCUCAAAGAUGGCUGGGGAUUUGUACGCUGCUGGGGGUGGAAAGCAUGUCUCUCCGCCAUCGACGCCGGUGUCGUCCUAGGUGCUAUUCUCGAAGUCGGCGACGCGAAGAACCUUAAUCAAUCCGCCCUAGAUAGCUCGAACUUCGUCGGAGCCAACGACCACACUGAGAUGACAUCGACUCAAGAACAACAAGAUCUCGCACAAGAACACAUUACAAGUCGCUUCUGGACGGCUUACGACGCGUUAGGCGACAUAGACAAACUAGUCGAGCACAUCAGUACAGCCCAACACCUCCACCGCGCCAUCCUCCGCACAGGAACCGCCCUCAUUGAAAAGAAACAGAUCCGCCACCUCCGCGCCUUCCGCAUGGCCGUUGUAAAAGAAGGGCCCGACGUCCAGCUUUUCACCCACCCCGGCGCCCUAACCAAACUCGCUCUCUGGAUCGCCGAAGCCAUCGUUGAGCUCAACGGCACAAAAGGCAAGAAUAAAGGCAGCGAGCUCGUCAUGGCCGGGUUGGAUGACUCGCGAGGUCUCUACGUCGUCGUCGGUCUAGGAGGCGGCGGCGCCACUGAAUCAGCAAAAUCCCGCCUUCAAAAACGCGAAGCCAAACUCAAAGCGAAAGAAGCGAAACAACUCCAGAAGGCUGAAGCGAGGGAAGACAGGCGUAAAGCACGUGUUGCACGUAACCUAGCUGCUGGUCUCGAAGAAGACGAAGUCGCAGAUGAUACAGAGUCUGAAGCUUCGGAAGAUGAUUCUUCAGAUAACGACUCGGAGGAUUCUGAAGAUGAAGAUGACGACAGAGGGUCAGGCAUGAACAGAUUCGGCAACGCGUUCCAAGAAGUCGUUAGGGAGACGGGCGCAAGAGUGCGUAUGGACAGUUUCGAGGCGUGUGUCAUUGAGAUUAAGAAGGAGGAUUUGAGUGGAUUCUUGGAGAAGCUUAGCCAGAAGGCUGUUGUUGGGUAG